AGCAGAAGAAGAAGUAAUGGUGGGAAAUUUGACAAAGCGUGUAAACAUUUAUUAGGCAAGCGGACGUUAUAUGAUAUUGCUUGAUUACAAUACGAAAUGGAUAGAUAUGUAUUGGUUUUAUCUCUCUGUCAGACGGAUGACAAAGCAUUGGAGAAUUGCAAAUGUCCGCAGCAGAUGAAGCUAAUCUAUGACCAAAUUGUGGACUUUUCUUCUGAAGAAUCAGCAAGAGGAAUCACUGUGCUCCCAGCUUGUUCUCUCAGUGGAAAACCAUCUCUUCAGAGGUGGUACUUUGCUGUUCAGGCUUGUCAUGGAGCAACACAAUUCUGCAGCUCAGACUGGGACGAUCUGGCAGCAGUCUACCAAAGAGCAAACAGUGAAGAGGAGAUGCAAACGGCUUUGGAGAUGUGUGUUGGAUCUCUGAGUCAACAGGAAGAAUUGGACCAAAAGUGCGACCAAGCAACAUUGACAGAGUUGCUUGAGGAGGCUGCAGAAGGACUGCAUACACUGUCAAACAAGCUUCCGCCUCCUGGUAAAGCAUUGUUGGAUGUGCUGGUGUUAGGCGCUGCUGUGGAGUGCCCUGCUUUGAAAGACCUGCUGCCGCUUCUGGGAGCCUUGAGACACAUGAGCUGCUGGCACUCUGCUAAGAUCACUGUCAUCACUGAGCGCACUGCAGGGUGGAGAAAAACGGCGUCAUACCUGAGUGCUGGUCUAGUCGAGUCUGCUGAGUUAAAAAGCUGUAUUGACCCCAGUGAAAUGUGGAGGGGAGGCCUGGUGGUCAGAGAGAAGAAGUACAUGUCAGAGCUACGUUUCGAUGGCUUUUGUUUGCGCUCUUCAGUGCAUAACACAUCAAGGUCCAGUCUCCCGCAAGACGCGUGUGCCACUGCAGACCGCAGACUACACUCUGAGGUCUUCCAGUACUAUUCACCAGUUUUGGAUCUGCUUCAUUUGGUGACUCUCUCAGACCUGCCUUGCUUCCUGAUGUCCAACACCCAGUUAGAGCUAGACCUCUCUGGGCAGUCUGUGAAGAGUAAACUUCUUUUGGACCAGCUUAAGUCACUGCGUGGAAAGGUAGGAGCUUUGUUCAGCCUGUCCUGUGUUGUCACCCCGAUCGCGCAGACGCCAGCAAGCCAAAUCAGCUCCGAGCGCUGGAGAGAGUCUCUAGCCAGGCGUCCCAAGUCCUUACCCAUACCUGAUGUAGAUGUCAAAGGUGAGAGUGCUCACUACUUCCUAUUGGUCCAGGGCUCAGAUAAUAUCAGGGACGGUGUAUGUACAGUCAAGGUGUUGCACUCCGACACUCAAAUUAAUGGCGCGGCUGCCAUGGCAACAGUCUCUGGGAUGCUGGGACAGAAGCUGCUGACAUCAUCAGCAGGCACUAUAAGCAGCAUCCUUUACUCUCUGCCCUGUCUCCAAGGAGACAGCCUGCUGAGGCGAGAGAGGAAGGUGACCCAGGUCCAGACACAGGUGCUCAUAGGAUAUCUCGGACAGAAAGAACAAUCCUCAACAUCUAUACCUUCGAAUGACUUGAAGGUCAUUCUCAACCUGGCCAAGGAGCAAUACUUGAGGGUGAUCGAUGCUACUCUGUCCCCAGCAUCCUCUUUACCUGACAAGCCCAGCACAACCACCAAUCACACAGCUUUUGAAACAAUGUCCUUGGCACAGUCUAUUUGGCCCGAAAGGAGCGUUCUCCACAACAUUGAAAACCUUCAGAAAAGACGACAGAAGAGAAGAUUUUGUCUCUUAGCCCAAGGCUCUAGUGACAGCCUUUUGGGUCCUAAAGACUUUCAGAAGGGUUUCACUACUUUUCUAGACGCCAAAGAACUUUUGAGACACUUCACGCUUGAUGGCAAGCCGACCAGCGACCUACUACCGCUGGGCCUUGUUAGAGGUCCUAAUGUGUUUCAGUUGUCACCAGACUUGUCUCCCAGAAGAGCCAGUCAGAUGUCCUUCAAAAAGGCUUUGGCGUCAAAUUACCAUGGCAUAGAAUACUGUUUGGAUAACCAGCAAUCCUUGGAACGGGACCGGGCCUUUGUACGGCUCCAGUCCCGUCUCAUUCGGUACGAAACCCAAACCACCUGCUGCAAAGAACCCUCUGCCCUCCCCUUUGCGCUCAGCCCCGCCCUUUCGCCUGCUGUGAUGUCAGAACCAGGAAGUGUACCCGAUGGGGAGUCUCUGCAGAACGCUGAUGUAGCUCGACUCAAACGCAGGUCGUGGGACACAGAUGGCUAUCCCCGCAAGAGGCUGGCGAAGUCAGAGAGCAGCGACUCCCUCUGUUCUCAGAGCAGUGGCAGCAGCGGUACACACCCUGCUAUCAGGUCUCUACGGCAACAGGCCAGCAGAGCUCAGUCCGUCUCAUCUUCCACUUCCUCUUCCUCAGCUGCUCGAAGGACAUCCUCAGGUUUAAUGAAUCAGUCUUUUGCUGACAAGCAUAAAACGCUGGAGCAGAAAAGUGAUCAUGGGGUGACAGACGAUAAAAGUGUCAAAGAGUCGCGCUCCCAAAAACACAAUAGGAUGCUGCAGGAAGUAGUCGCUAAAACACUUAAACACCACGGGAUCAGUGCUGAGCAUAAAUGCUUUGAGGCUUGCAGCAAAAGACUGUUUGAUAUCUCCAAAUUCUAUCUCAAGGAUCUGAAGACAUCUCGUGGUCUGCAUGAUGAGAUGAAGAAGGCGGUUGGCAGCAAUGUAAAACAGGUAACGCCACCAAACGUCAAUAAGUUUCUGCUUGAGAAUCAAUUUUCAUUCUCCACAUGAACACUUUAAAAUAAUUCCCUUCAACCUGUAUAUAUCAUUAUUAUAGGUCAUUGACUGGGUCCUGGAGAAGACCUCUAAGAAAUGAUGAGGUUGACAAUAUCUUUGGACUCGUUUUAAUUCUUACAUGUUUUCCCAAUGUGUUCAAAAUUAUUUUUAUUUAGUCUUAAUUAUUUAAUUCUUAUUUUAUUUUUUUUUCCUAACUCCUUUUCCUUGUGUAAGGUUUUGUGUAUUCUUACUUUUAACCACAAUCACGUGUUUUAGGUCUUUAUGAAUGUACAUAUUUGAUCAGUUUUAUAUUUGACCAUUUCUAGCACAAUAAAGUGUUUUGAUGCCAUUUCUUGUGCAGGAUAGUAUUGCAAUAUAACUGUUAACGUGUUAUUCUAGCAAAGACUAUACUUUUGUUAUCAGCAUGUAAGCUUUUUCACAGAGCAAAAGUGUUGACUCACACCAACUGUGGACUACUAAUAACUUCUAUUGUUUUGCUGCUUACUCAUGUCAGAACCUGGAUACCCGCAAACCCGCAUAUCAAUGUAACAAGUGUAAAUAUAAUGCCUUGGUGAUAGAGUUCAGACAAUACCAAACCAAUCCGUAUUUAUCUAAUAACACGACAAAAACCCUAAAAAUUGUAAAUAAAAUCUGUUGACCAGAGAUGUCAAUUCCUCCUCAGGCAGUCAUUGUGGGAAUGACUUAGCUUGUUCAACAGUUUUGCUCUGAUCAACCUUCUGCCGGCCCUGAGAGGCGAAUCAGAAGUUUGAUUGGCUAAAAAAAACAAAAAAAACAGCCCCACUGCUAACAGUGUGUAUGUCAGAGGGAAUAGCACUCCUGAUUCUGAAGGACCUGGCAACACAUGGCAACACAUAGAAGCUGAAAUCUAAAUGAACAAAAAAAUCUAAAAUACAAAUAUUGGCAGCAGUGCAGCCAAGAAACACCCUACUAAAUGAAGAUAAUAGACUGCCCGGAAUAAAUUAAUAUAAUGGAACAAAUAUUACAAAUGAAGUAAAUGUAGGUGAGUGCUUCUUGGUAGUGGUUAAGCCACUGCACACCACUGUAUAAUAAGUAAUGAUAAUGUCUACUGAUGAGUGGGAUUUAUAAAUGCAUGUACAGCAUGCAAGCUUUUUCACAGAGCAAAAGUGUUGACUUACACCACUGUGAGCUACUAAUAACUGCUAUUGUUUUGCUGCUCACUCACGUCAAAACCUGGAUACCCACAAAGCUUUUGGAAUAGCUCAUUCAUUAUUAGAGCUCUCGAGUAGUCAGUAGGACCUAACUUGGCCCCACAACAAUUUCAAGUACGUUUGUCUCACAAUCCCUCAGAACUGCAAGUUCUAGUGUAGGAUCGGUUGAAAAUGUAUUUGACGACAAAAAAUAUAUAUAAACAUUGCCUUGUGUGUAUGGGCUUUGUGUGUAAAUAGACAGGACUUCAUGUGAAAUGGGCCACUUCGUUGCCUCUUUUACACAGAGAUCCUGCAAAUUCAUCAGUUUAUCACUUGAAUUUGAUUGGACUAAUUGGAUAACUGCAUUGACUGUCUGCUAAUAUACUUGAGGUGGAACUAUGAAUGAAUUGUAUGAAUUGCAUUUGUCAGGAUUGGCUUCUAAAAGUGAUUUAUUGUAUAUUUUAUGGCAGUUGUCAUCCAAGAGAAAAUCUAAUUGAGUUUAUAUUCUGCCUCAUAUGUCUUUGUCACAAAUUGGGAGUGAAAGAUCAUGAUAAAAACUAUGAUGGUGAGAACAGGACUUAUUGGUACCAGCUGUGCAAAACACACAUAUCAAUUUCGGUGCUCAACAAAAUACUACUUGUUGCCAGAACUGUACAUUCACUGCUUCAACUGAAACAAACCACAAAAGGCGCACAGAAUGACGUGUUGUUCCAAUACCGUGGUUGAAACCUUAUAUAGAAACACUUGUUAGAGCAAUGAUUGAUGCCCUUCACCUCCACUGGAGUAAUCAUGAGCUGUGGGUCAAAAUGCACAGAAAACAGCUCGGCACACGGUCUGUUCGAGCCAUUGAAACAGUCAUAUUAUUAUUAUUUUUGUUCAUUAUUCAUUCAUUCAUUAUUCAUUAUCAUUAUUAUUGUUUGAAUGCACAGAUUGAUUGUGUUGAUUAUAUUGUUGCUAUAUAACAGCUGCAGUAAAUUGUUGAGUCAAACUAAUCCACAUGUUAACUACAGUAUAUUUCUUGCCGCGCAAUGUGUCACGUAUGAACAGUUGUACCUUCACUCUGCAUUCUGGGCAAGAUUACGUCAUCGUCUUCAUUUGCAUAAUUGGCCACGACACCUAAUUGACGCUGUCGGAGAGAGGAAUGAUGUAAGAGACAAAAAGUGAGUAAAAGACAAGAAAAGCAAAAUAAAUAUGCUUAGGAAUACAA